AUGAAUGAAGCGCUCGAGGCGGAGCUGCGAAAGACGCGGCUUACCAUCUACGCCAUUGUCGCCAGCUUUCAAGAACCUUCGACAUCAGGAAAGAUCCUUCGAGAAUACACGGAAGAAUAUGGUGGCUUGACGCACGAGAAAUUUGGAUAUCAACAUUUGGAAAAGCUGCUCGACGACCACCCCCAACUCUUUCCAGCAAUUGAUUCGCAAGGAAGACGAGCGUACAAAGCCAAAGUGUCCGACAACGCUGCAUCGCAAGCUCUUCAAUUCCAAAUCCAGCGGCAAAAAAAGAAGAAGAAAAAGAGCAAUCGCGGUUGCAGUGGAUACAAUAGAGCGGCGCAUGGAGGAGGACGAGGCGCUAGCAUCUUCACAAAUGGUUCCCUAAAAAAUCGACUCACUUUUGAACGCUUGAUGGUCGAAGAGCGACAACAGAGUUGCCUACGAGGACGAGGAAUCACACGCGGAUCACCAAAAACGAACCAACGCGGCCGCCACACCCAACCCUCGACACUUAGAGCCGCAUCACUUGUUCCUCUCGGACACUGGCUCAAACCACAAAUGCCCUUGAACGCUGGAUACUUUAACUGCCCACCAUCUCUGUUUCAAUCUCUGCUCCAACCUCCGCUAAUGAAAACAACAGUGGAACUCGAGAAAUAUUUUGGCACCGGCAAACUGAGUUCUGUCCGUGCAGCAAUGAAAGAUGACAUCGUUUUCGAGGUGCUCGGUUCCGAUGAGAUCUUGAUCAAGACGAAAGCUUUUGUCGAGCGUACUCGAAAUGACCGUGCACAAGAAAAGGACAAAGUUGAAGUCGGCUCUCCUCGAGCUACAAUGGCGCCACGUUUGACGGAACUUAUGGAGCAUUUCACUAUGCAGCUUGUCAACAUGUAUCCGAAUCCAAUUCCAUUGUCGGAUGUCGGUAUCUUCUACUCAAGGCAUUAUGGUGCUGAAGUGAAUCCAGAAAGACUCUACGCGAAACAUUGGUCGGAUCUAUUCGCCACGACUUUCUCAUCGAGAACGAUGGUUAAAGAUGGAUCCAUUCAUUUACGCGAGGCCUACGUGAAAAAGCACAAUAUCAAGCCAAAGCACGUUGACCAAAGCCACGCGAAAGCUGGUAAUUUACAGCUUGCAAUGAUAAACGAUCUUAAUGAAUCAAGCCUCGAAUCCGGUGAUGAAUCAGAAGAAGAAGAAGAGGAUAAAUGUGAUGAGACGAUUGCUGAAACGGGUGUAUCGUUAACCAGUAUACCUCUCGAACCGGCUCCGAUAGACUUGAUAAGUACGAUUCCUCUUCCACCAGAACCGAAGCCAAGACUAGUUCUUCAAACUCAAAGAUCAAGCACGGUCAACGCCUUCCAAAUGCCCUUUGAAACGUUUUUGAAAGCCAAGAUGCCGGAGAUUCCAGAGCCACCAAAAGCCAACGCGCAAGACCCUCCGUUUCGAUUGAGAGUGAUCGACAAGAUUAAAAAGCCGAAUCAAAUCAAGGAGCCAGAAAAUCAACGUCGAGAGACGCCCCAUGAAAGCACGAUCCGCACGCACACGUCGAUCGCAUCGUCUGUACUUCCACAGCGAACAAGAUGCCCAAUGCUGCUUAGCAAAGUCACUGAGAAAAGUUACCCG